CCAGACGCUUCCCGCAGCGGCCCGCGCGGCCGCCCCCGUCGCCUGUGAGCGCUGGCGCCGCCGCGGGAGCCGCGCGAGUAGCGGAGAGAGGCGGCGGCUGCGCCCCGCACCAUGGAAGGCAGCCCGGCCCCCGCCAGGGUCGUCACCAACCUCCGCCGCUGCCCGCGCCGCGUCUGCCGGCUCCCAUUGCGGCUCUCUCGGCGCCGUCCCCUCCUCACCUCUAAGCCAACAUGAAGGACACCCGGGGCGACGGCGGCGGCGCCCCCUUCUGCAUCCAGCUCAACUACUCCUACCCCGGCAUGUGGGCGCCCGGGCGGUCCGCCGAGGCGGGGGGCAACCUCACGCGCCCUCCGAGGCUGGGCGAGGCUUGCGGGUCGGUGUCCGUGGCUUUUCCCAUCACCAUGCUGAUCACCGGCUUCGUGGGCAACGCGCUGGCCAUGCUGCUCGUGUCGCGGAGCUACCGGCGCCGGGAGAGCAAGCGCAAGAAGUCUUUCCUGCUGUGCAUCGGCUGGCUGGCGCUCACCGACCUGGUGGGGCAGCUGCUCACCAGCCCCGUGGUCAUCGUCGUGUACCUGUCCAAGCAGCGCUGGGAGCAGCUCGACCCGUCGGGGCGGCUCUGCACCUUCUUCGGUCUGACCAUGACAGUGUUUGGGCUUUCCUCGCUCUUCAUCGCCAGCGCCAUGGCCGUCGAGCGGGCGCUGGCCAUCCGCGCGCCGCACUGGUACGCGAGCCACAUGAAGACGCGCGCCACCCGCCUCGUGCUUCUCGGCGUGUGGCUGGCGGUGCUCGCCUUCGCCCUGCUGCCGGUACUGGGCGUGGGCCAGUACACCAUCCAGUGGCCCGGGACGUGGUGCUUCAUCAGCACCGGGCGAGGGGGCAAUGGGACUGGCGCGCCGCACAACUGGGGCAACCUUUUCUUCGCCUCCGCCUUUUCCUUCCUGGGGCUCUUGGCGCUGGCCGUCACCUUUGCCUGCAACCUGGCUACCAUUAAGGCCCUGAUGUCCCGCUGCCGGGCCAAGGCCACGGCGUCUCAGUCCAGUGCCCAGUGGGGCAGGAUCACGACGGAGACAGCGAUUCAGCUCAUGGGGAUCAUGUGCGUGCUGUCGGUCUGCUGGUCGCCACUACUGAUAAUGAUGUUGAAAAUGAUCUUCAAUCAGACGUCAGUUGAGCACUGCAAGACACACACGGAGAAACACAAAGAAUGCAACCUCUUCUUAAUAGCUGUUCGUCUGGCUUCACUGAACCAGAUCUUGGAUCCCUGGGUUUAUCUCCUGUUAAGAAAGAUCCUUCUUCGAAAGUUUUGCCAGGGAGAGCAGCUGGAGGAAUGUGGGCUUCCCCUUGCAGAGCUGAGAAGGCCCUCCUCCGGAGAGCUUACUGCUUGGAGGAAUAAGCAGAGAAAAGCAGGAACUGCUUGAAGACAUCUUGGAGAGAGAACAAGAAGCUAUCGUUUUGCACAACAAUCAUGCUUACCGCAAUCUCACUUUUCAAACAAGUUAAAUAAUAGACCAACUGGGAAGACAGACCUAUUGUGCUCUUCCAAUAUUGUUUCUUCCUGGAGAGACUCAGAGAUUCUUGUUUGUCUAUGAAAUUUUGAGAUGUUGAUCAGUAGGCUUUCUCUUCCACCUACAGCCUUGUCUGAGUCUUCCACAUCUUUGCGAUUAUUACUACUCAACAUUAAAAACUGUCUCUUCUGACUAAAAAGAUAUGAUGACUAAGUGUAAUGUGGUAUUCUGAAUUGGAUCCUGGAAUGGAAAAAGAACAUGAAUAGAAAAACUGGUGAAAUAUGAACAAAAUUUGGAGUUCAGUUGAUAGUAAUGUAUGGAUGUUAAUUUCUGAGUUUAUAUAUUAGGGCACACUCGAUG